CACCACUCUGAGUUCCGGGAAGCAGCGGAAGCAGGAAGAAGUCCAGAAACACCCGCUCAGGUAUCAGCCAGCAGCAGGUAGGAGAGCAGACCGCCCCACAUUUCACCCUUCACAACACACGCAACAGCUCACUCUCCAGGACCACUGAGUCAGGAGUGAGGAGUGAGGCGCAGAGCAGACACCCUGUGUGUGUGUGCUGGUGUUUGUGUGCCUCCCUGUGUUGUCAGGUGAGCAGGUGCUGGUGUGAUGCUGAUGUGUUUGCAGUAAAGGCUGGACUGGGUUCUUUAAUCCUCACUGAAUAAAGGAGUCGUGCAGUGAUGGCAUCAUUUCCAGUAGAAGCGCUCUGUUCUCACCUGAGUGUCCCGGUCGAGAUGGACGAGUCGAUGACAUCAUCGUCACUGAACCUGGCCUGGCCAGUGUGUGAGCAGUGUUCGACCCACCCAGAGGGCUACUCGAGUGAUCCCGAAUCAGGGUCAGAGGUCAUGGAGCCUGCCUGUUCUUUAGUCACGCCCCCCUCUGACAGACGUCGUAUCUUGAAUGAGGCAGCGGACGGAUAUUUGCAUCACCUGCAGCGUCCGCCAAUGACGGGCCCUGACAGUGUGGCACAGCCCCCCCUGGUGGAUGACCUGUGUGAAGGUUUCUCUGCACUGUUUCCCCGUGAGCGGUGGAACCCUCCCACUGAGGAGGACGAGGAGAGCCUGGAGCUGCCCCUCCCUCUGCGCUCAGAUGUGGGGGAAAUCCCAUACGGACUGGCCCCUCAACUCAGGCACCCCAGGCAUCCUGGGCCUCCUGGGCACUGCCAGCUGCCCCCCGGUGGCCAGGUGUACCGUGCCGAGGCCCAGUGUCCCAGGUUCUGCCCCUGUCAGCGUCUCCUUGUUGAUCCAGCCUGGCUCAGACCUGAGUACAGACCAUCACCUCCUAACCCAGUGGUUCCCAUGGCAACACCGCAGGUCACCAGCCCUCAGCUGAUGUCGGAGGUGUCUGUGCUCCCUUCCCUGCCAGUUGCUGGCCACGCCCCCUUCCAGGAGGGGAGGCGGACCAUCAGCCUCCCUGAAGACUGCCGAACCGUUUUCAUCACCUACUCUGUGGACACGGCAAAGGAGAUCUUCUUGUUUGUGAGUUUUCUGAUGCAUCACGGCUUCAGACCUGCUAUUGAUAUUUUUGACCACGCGGUGCAGCAGAUGGACGUGAAUAAGUGGAUGGAUGGAUAUUUAAAAGAUAAAUCAGUGCUGAUUAUUGUGGUCAUCAGUCCGAAAUACAAGAUGGAUGUGGAGGGGGACGGCUCAGACCAGCACGGACUGCACACCAAAUACAUUCACACACAGAUCCAGAACGAGUUUAUCCAGCAGCGCUGUCUGAACUUCAGACUCGUCCCUGUGCUCUUCCCGAACGCUAAUCAGAGUCACGUCCCGAUGUGGCUGCAGAGUACUCGGCUGUUCCGCUGGCCGCAGGACGCUCAGGAUCUGUUGCUGCGGUUACUGAGAGAGGAGAGAUAUAUCCCACCGCCGCUGGGCAAGGAGCUGACCCUCACCAUCAAACCGCUGUAGAACACCAUAGAAGUACAGAGUGUGGCUAACAGUGAGGCUAGCAGAGUAGCCGUUAGAAAUAAAUGUUGAUUACUGGUCUUCACGCUCUUCUGCUUUCAGUCUAUAAGUCUAGAAAUAUUCUGUCACCUAAAAGCUCAGCGCACACGCUCUACAGAUAAACUAGUUUAUUAGCUCGUUUAUAACCGUUUCCGGAUAUUUAGGCCUUAUUUUGACUCCUUAAGUAGCUUAUAACCUACUGAGCUGCUGAAACGCUGCUCGUGUCACACAGCUGACGUUAGCAAACGCUUCCCAAGGCUCAUCAUCAUAUAGCACUGCUAGUAUGCUAGAUUAGCACGUCAGGCUAAUAUUCAUCAACAUUCGCAAGAGUUUUCAAACCCAACAUGACUACUUUUAGCUUAAAUCAUAUCAGCAUGUCUGUGACUGACGGAACACAGUGGGUCCCGUGGCAGUUUUAGAGGUGGGCAAAAUGGCAAAAUGAUUAUACCUUCAAGAAGUUUACACAAUACACGAUAAGUCACAAUAUUUAUUUUUUCAGACAUCUGACCAGCUGGAACAGAGAAGAAAGAGCCAGUAGUGCUACUUAUUAAAAAAUACUCUCAACAACUGUGAACAGAAUGAUUUUUAUUCAGUAUUUGGCACUAAAUCCAGUUAAACAGGACUAAUUUCGCCCUCUUUAUGAGGAAACACGCAGCUGGUCAGUGCCUAAAAGCACUGACGAUAAACAUGAUAUGAUCAGAAAAGUAUAUUGUAUUAUAUUGUGACAUAAUUUAUCAAGAUAUUGAUAUAUAUUAUUAUUUCGCCCAGCCCUGGGCAGUAUCCACACAAACAGAUGAGAAUAAAUCAGUGAAAACUGUUUAUUAAUCAUGGAAUUGACCAAACACACUGUGCUCUGUGAAACUUGUUCAGCAUUUUGGAAUAAAACAUAUAAGUGGGUGUGUGAAAAAACACAUCUUUAGAGGUCAGUCUACAGAAACGGCCCAGUAAAAUGUCAGUAUACAGUGUAUAGGCGUGACAACACCGCUGAAUACAGAGAUUUACAGGUUAUGAUGAAAUAAAUGAAGCUCUAUCCUACAGUAGGAUAAUCCAUGUCCUCAGAAUCAGGCCUUAGUGUAAAUAGCCAGCGUUCCUAAGUAAAAGAGAUAAUAAUAUGAUAAUAAUAUGUUGCCUAUUAGCAUAAACACUACUGUCUGACUGCUCAGUAUCACAGCUUUAUACUACAAAUGAAGAGUACAGUCUUCCUCUGGCAGCCAGUGUGUUAAACACCGCCCAACACUCUGCUAGUUCUGCUGCAGUCAGUGUGUAUUUCUGAGGCUGACCAGUGAACAUGUUAGCGAAGCUAAUACAAAGUGUCCAGACAGCCACAGCUCGCUAGCUGUCCUUUAAGAAACCAAAGAGCUUUAGCGUGCGCUGUUUAUGAGCCAUGUGCUGAUUUUAAUAGCAGUGCAUUUGGCUGGGUCUGAAUGUUAGACUCCAAGAUUAGCUCUCCUCUCAUGCCAAACACAGCCACCUGCUGGCGCUCUGCGCCCCUGUGCCAAACUAGCACUAAUGUCAGUGCUGUUUCACUCAGGACGACACGGUGACCUCAGUACAGCCAACGGAGUCAGCAGAUUCACUACAAACCCACUACACGGAAUUAAUGACGCACUGCACGCUGUUAAUCAACACCAGACUGCUUAAACACUGCUAUUCAUAAACACUAAACUGCAUAAACACUGCUAUUCAUAAACACUGCUAUUCAUAAACACUAAACUGCAUAAACACUGCUAUUCAUAAACACUAAACUGCAUAAACACUGCUAUUCAUAAACACUAAACUGCAUAAACACUGCUAUUCAUAAACACUAAACUGCAUAAACUCUGCUAUUCAUAAACACUAAACUGCAUAAACACUACUAUUCAUAAACACUAAACUGUAUAAACACUGCUAUUUACAAACACCAUACUGCAUAAAUACUGUUAUUAAUAAUCAACAUACUGCAUAAAUACUGCUAUUCAUAAACACCAGACUGCAUAUACACUAUUUACAAACACUGUACUGCAUGAACACUGCUAUUCAUAAACACCAGACUGCAUAAACACUGCUAUUCAUAAACACCAGACUGCAUAUACACUGCUAUUUAUAAACACUGUACUGUGUAAACACUGCUAUUCAUAAACACCAUUCUGCAUAAAUUCUGCUAAUCAUAAACACCAGAUUUACUUCACCGUGUAUAAACACUAUGUAACGCAUUAAUGCUUCUACACAACCUACUGGUUAAAUACUGCACACUGUGUUAAUGAUUUAAAGACUCAAUAUUGUAUUAAUACUAAGUGCUGCAUGCUUUAUGAACUCCACACUGUAAACACUGGAAGCUGUAUUAAUGCUUUAUGAGCACUGUACUCAUAUUUGUCGGUCUAUGAACUCUGUAUAAGAUCACACUGUGCUACACACUGGAAAGAGCGUGUUGUAGUUCUCCUCAUGGCCACAAGAGGGCAGCACUCCACUUUCCUUAUUAACUCCUGACUGUAGCCUUUGCUGCCCUCCUUUAUCACCUGUGAGCUCUUUGUGUUUAAAGGAUGGUGGUGUUUAAUCUGAAUGUUUCUGUAACGCCUCAGCUCUGACAGGUCAGCCUCCUCACGGUAGCUGCGCCUGUGUCUGUGUGAUCUGAUCUAAUAAAGCUCUGAAGGCGCGUCUCUCUGUGGUCACAGCCCCGCUGUGGUGAACUGAC